AUGGAAAGUCGUGAGGGAGUCGACAAAGAUGAGGCCUCUACAGACAAUUUCGAAGUGUUCAAGAAGGUCGAGGGAGUCGUCGAUUUUCGGACGGUCUCAUGGAUUCACACAGCAAUGAUAUUUAUAAAGCUAAUCUUCGCAACUGGUGUCUUGAGCAUUCCGGCUGCCCUGUACACUCUCGGUGCAGCUCCCGGUGCCAUUUGUAUCCUAGGAUUUGUGUCAUUGAAUUCCUACAGUGGAUUCUUGCUGGGUCGGUUUAGAAACAGUCAUCCUGGAUGCCACAGCGUUGCAGACAUGGCUCAGCUCAUCGGCGGUAAAGUUUUCAGAGAGAUCAUCGGGGCUAUCUUCCUCCUGUCGUUCGUUAUCUCCGCUUCCACCGGAGUCUUGGGUGUGUCCGUCGCACUCAACGCACUUUCGAACCAUGCCAUCUGUACCAACUACUUUUCAGUCGUUGCUACAAUUGCUAUCGCAGCCUUUGCGAGUGUGCGCAAGUUCGAGAAGUUUGCAUGGCUUACCUGGGCCGGAUUCAUCUCUAUAUUCAUUGCGAUCUUCAUCGUUGUUGUUGGAGUGACGACUCUGGACCGCCCUGCAGCUGCACCAGAGACGGGAGACUUUGAGUUAGGGUACUACACCGUCGCACAUCCUACCUUCGCUGCCGGCAUCACCGCAGCGGCUACGAUCUUCAGCACCAGCGCAGCGGCACCGGCUUUCCUUCCGGUCGUUUCGGAAAUGAAGCGGCCUAAGGACUUCAACAAGGCUUUGGCGGUAUGUAUGAGCUUCAUCGCAUCCUCAUACCUGGCUUUUAGCCUGGUCGUAUAUCGGUGGUGUGGCAAAUGGGUCGCGUCGCCGUCUCUGGGCAGUGCCGGACCUGUUCUGAAAAAGGUGGCUUUCGGUGUCGGUUUGUUCGGACUUUUAAUCAGUGCGUCGUUGUACGUCCACGUUGCUGCGAAGUACAUGUUCGUUCGGUUUCUCCGAAACACAGACCAUCUACAGAGGGGCACCUUCGUUCAUUGGGGAGUUUGGGUGGCCUGUACAUUGGGGCUCUCCAUCAUCAGCUUCCUAAUCGCCUCGGGCAUCCCAAUCUUCGACUAUAUUGUCGGUCUUUCUGGCAGCUUGUGCCUUGCGCCCCUGACAAUGGGCUUGCCGCCGCUGCUUUGGCUUUAUGAUCACGGCGAUUAUCGCAAAGGCACCAUUAUCCACAAGAUGCAAUUUGGAAUGCACAUUUUGAUGGCGACAUGUGCCCUAUUCCUCACUGUCGGUGGCACAUAUGGAGUCGUCCAGCAGAUCAUACUCGCGUAUCAAACUGGCAAGAUCAGUUCAGCAUUCUCUUGCGCUGACAACAGCAACUCUUCCUAA